AAACUAAUGUCGGCGUAAGACUCACUGUUCCAGUCACCGAGCCAAUACUUUCAUCUGAUAUUUCGCGAUGGAGAUCUACCAUGCACUGGCUAGCGUUCCUCUUCCAGUGCAUAAUUUUCAAAGGUAUUUUCCAUCAACGUCUUUGCUGUGCUCAGCUGCAGUUGUCAGUUCAAGUUCCCGGUCCGAUAAGAUUGAAUCGGAAUGUCGGAAUCGGAUGUUUAUCCUUGGGAUGGGAUUUGUCGGGCAAUUCUUUGCCCAGAGCCUCAGAAAGGAAGGCUGGGUUGUCACUGGGACUUGCACAAGCCCAUUGAAGAAGGAGGAACUUGAGGAGAGAGGAUUCGAUGUUUGCCUCUUCGAUGCAAAUGAACCAGAGUUGGGCAUUCUAAAUCUUAUGACAUCUUAUACCCACCUCCUUGUAUCCAUCCCUUCUGUUGUGGGCAUUGGUGAUCCGGUGCUUCAGCAUGAAGACCUCAGAAAUACAAUGAUGGAUGGAAAUCUUCAAUGGCUCAGUUAUCUAUCAUCUACUAGCGUAUAUGGUAACUGCGGUGGUGCUUGGGUGGAUGAGGAUUACCCAGCAGACCCUGCAAGUGAGGUGGCUAAAUCAAGGCUAGCAGCUGAGGAAGGAUGGUUAAAUCUGGGCAGCAGUCUUGGCUUCUCAACGCAAGUAUUUCGACUUGGAGGUAUCUAUGGUCCUGGUAGAAGUGCUGUUGACACAAUAAUUAAGCAGGAGGUUUUGUCAAAAAAUCAGAAAAUGAGGGCAUCCAGGCAGUAUACUUCCAGAGUUCAUGUUGAGGACAUUUGCCAAGCACUCAAGGCUAGCAUCUCUAUGUCCCCAAGAAGCAGAAUUUACAAUAUUGUGGAUGAUGACCCAGCUCCCCGUGAGGAAGUGUUUGCAUAUGCAGAGGACUUAAUUGAGAAGAAGUGGCCCGGCUGGGUUAAGCAAAGUACAUCUUCUGAAAGAGCUAUAUCAAGUAACAAGGAUAGUUCCAGAGGAGAGAAACGUGUUUGCAAUGAGCGUAUGAAAAGAGAACUAGGAGUCAGGCUUCUUCAUCCGAGUUAUAAAUCGGGAUUGCUUAGCAUUAUAGAUCAGAUGAAAAAUCCAUUUCAAUCCAUUCCAUCAAAAUCAUGAGCAGUACUUUUGUCAAUAUAUUUCUUCCCCUCCCCCCCCCCCCCAAAAAAAAAAAAAAAAGAAUCCAGCUUUUUGUUCAAUCAUUGUGGAGGUGGGUUUUGUCUUCUGGUGUUGUACAAACAAUUAUGGGUUGAUAAGAAGUGUCUCAAAUGUUACUUGUGUUGCAUUUUUGAAUAAAAAGAAAAAAGAAUAUUGGAGCAA